AUGGCAACAUUCCUGGGGGAUGACUCCCUUGAUCUCGUUGCCCCUGUCCCUUUCGACGACAGUUCCAGCAGUGACGACGGCGAGCCUUGUGAGAGGCUCCUCGAGAUACCACUUAAGCAACGGGGUCGCCAUCUCUCCUCUCCAGUUCCCGCCUUAGACAACAGCAGCAUGACCACCCUGAACAGCUCUGGUCUUUCCUAUAUCGUUCAUCCCCAGAUGUACAGCCUUCAGGACGAAGGUGGUGGGGUUUUGUCUACAGGACGUCAUCUUCGCCCAGUUGCAGUGAACUACUCCCCAAAGAGAGGAUCUUAUCGAUGCCUGUUUGCGUUCAAUGCUUGCCCAGACUACUGCACCCCUGAGACUUGGGUCAGUCACGUCGAGUCCCACCUCGAUGGUGUCGACCCGCCAAAGUCUUGCAAAUGUACAAUAUGCGGAGAAACCUUCGAGACAGACACCCCGGCCAUCACUUGGAAUCGAUUCUUGCAUCAUGUGAUAGGCCAUAGGUACCAAGGGAGUGUCAUUCCUGAUGCGGAAUUCCUAGAGUAUUGUACAAACAACGAUAUUAUUUCGGAGCUCACAAUGAGCAGGUCGGAUCAACGUUUAGGAAAACCGCAGACGACGAGGUCACAGGAACCGCAUAUGUAUAGGGGGAAGACCCCGAGACGGUUUAUCAAUGCGAGCGAUAGUGUGGCUAGGGUGGAUUAUCCCCAUGAUUGGUCGGCACAGACAGAGAGGCAAGAGCUAGAAUGUGUGCUGGUCCCAGCAAGGAAAGAGCGUAUCAGAGCUCCCAGAAAUAACCAAUCAUAG